AAUUUACCUGGCCACACCUGAAUUUCCACCCACUGAAAAUAAGUUGCACAAUAACAAUAGAAGUGGAAAAACGAUGUAAGAGACAUUCCAUAAAAUUCCCACUCGUUGUUUGAUAAGCCCUGAGGUUGGGUGAAGAAGAGCUGUUUACCAUCAAACCAAUAGAGCUGGGACACAAAGAAAGAAACAGAUAAUGUGAUGCGACUUCAGUCAAAGUAAAAACACUCAAUCAAGCACAGACUUACUGACGAAGUCUGGAGACAUUGAAUACCUAAAAAAAAAACAAUGUCUGAGAUCCUAAGGUCAAACCUGGAGCUGCUAGAAGACCGCCCCUCCAAAACCAGUGGGGUGAUUGCUGAACCCCAUACCCCAACAUGGGGGGCAGAGGGGGAGAAGGGGAUUAAAGAAUUGGAAAGGGAAGGAGUGGUGGAGGAAGACGAAAUGGUUAGCUCGGCUAAAUUGGAGCCUACCACUCUGCAAUGGCAGGGUGACAGGGAUGUAGAGAAAACAACAAAGAACAGAAGUGCAUUGACUGUGAAAGAAGAUAAGGGAAGGGGAAAGGGGGAUGACCCUGAGGGAGAGAGGAGGAGCGUGCACUCUAUGUGCACCUCUCUUCAAGAAGGAGGAAGCCGGAUGGAGAGCGAGAGAGAGCUGGGUUUGGGAGUGGAGAGAGAGGUGCAGCACCCAGGGCUGUGUAAGCGAGGGAAGAAGGUGCAGGUAGAGAUAGAGGUGGAAGAUGGUGUGAACUCUUUGCCUGAGAAGGCAGCACAGGUCUUCAACCCAUCCGUCACCAUCUUACACUCCUCUAGUGCUCCGACAUCUCCCAGAGAAGGGGAGGCAUUCUGGGAUGUGGACGCAGAGAAGAGUCGUCUCCUCGUUUCCCAGGGAACCCCACCUGAUGGCUACUACCACGACUGGCCAGUGGAGGACGGGUCCUCAAAAUGUGGGUGUGACUGUGCCAACAGGGAUGCUCUCAAAGUGGGGGUGUCUGUGUUCACUGCAGCUCUGAUUUUCCCCCUCCUCGUGUGGGGGGGUUAUGUCUUCCUGCCUUUUGAUGCCCCACUGCUGGACAGUGCCCCCCUCAGGCUGGUCUACACACUGCGCUGCUCUGUCUUCGCUGUGGUGCCCAUCAUACUGGGCUGGCUGGUGCUGGGUGUCUCCAGGAUGCGGUUGGGGGAUGUGAAGCCGCUGUGUGAGGUGGAGGCCAGGGAGGUGGGUGUGCACCGGCGCUAUGUGGAUGACUCCGUCACCCUCUUCCUGCUCUACUUCCUGCAGCUGGCCGUAAUGGCGCCCUACCUGAGCCAGGACCUGCUCAAACUGGUGCCCCUGCUCACCAUCGUCUUCGCCUUUGGCAGGCUGAUGUACUGGGUGGCAGCUGCACUGGGCAGCAGUGUUCGGGGCUUUGGCUUCGGCCUGUCCUUCCUGCCCACCGUGGCCAUGCUGGGUGCCAAUCUCUACUUCAUCUUCACCAUGGACGCUGGGGGCACCAUCUUUGCCCAGGAUGUGGUUCACCAACAAGACCAACCCCCAGCCUCCCGCCAGAGGUUCUGGGGAUAGGGGGAUGGAGGAAAGACCGAAGGAAUGGAAGGAUGGGGAAGAGGGACAGGAUUUGUUUUUACCUACUGGUGGAAUUUAACUUUCAAAGGGUUACUAUGUAAACGGUAGUGGAUGGUGCUAGUGUGAUUAAACCACACUGAUGAUGUGUAGAAUAGACUGGGCAGUGGUAGAGCAGACUGGGCAGUGGUAGAGCAUGUACAAACAGUUAUUGGAGAAAGGGUGUCUAGGUAAUAAUUCAUCUUCUUGCAUGGCAUUAUACCGUCACUUUAGUGAAACAGCAGAAUGUAUUCUGUAGAAGAUCUGCUCAUUGACAGAAUGACAGUUAAGUACCAUGGAAUAAUGUUGAAAUCACAAUUGUCUCAAUGCAAAUAGAGUUUGUAGAUCCACACAGGAUUGUGCCACAUGGGAAAGUUUAGAAAAUAACCAAACCACCGUUUUCCUCAGAAAUAUCUAGCUAGGCCUGCUGCAGACAAAUAGUUUGCUGAACUGUACUGUUUGGUUUGACAAGUAUAUCUGUACUUGAGGCAUCCUGUAAUCUACUGUAUUGCAUUUGGUUAUGAUUCUGGUAUUACAAGCUAAUAACAAUUGCAUUGACUUUUGGAACGUUUAUAGAGAAACUGAGACUUGCUCUAGACCUCUUAGUCAAUUUCCUCUUGAAAAUGUUCAAUAUAACCAAUCAUAAAAUCAUGUUCUGUGAAAAGGUUGACUACUGAGUAGACAUUUUCUCUCAUCUUCAUGACUGUAUUGCCUUUUUAAAAGGACGCCCACACAUAAGCAAUGUCAUAACAGCAAACAAAUCAUUGAAAGAUAAUUGACUUAGUACAAAGAUUUUGACAUUGAGAACCAUUUCACAAUUGGAGAAUGUGGAUUGCAUGGCAUUUUGUACCCUCCCCCACACAAAAAUGGCAGUGACCUUAUAGAAAUCCAACCAGUCCAACAACUACCUACCUGCCCAGGUGGCCCAACCUCCAUGCCUUAAUCGCUGAAAACUAAUCCUUUCACAAUACAGCACAGUCCUGUAAGGGUGAAUGGAGUUGUUACUUUAUAUUAAAAUGUUAUGUAUGAAAUCUGAUUUUUACAGUGUAGGCAUCGACUUUAUAACUACGCUGAUUUCUUUCUACAUUUCCAAGUAAACUUCUGAAACAAAAUGUAGAGUCUAUCAUAGUCUUUUCUUAUGAUUUAUGACUCUCAAAAUGAUCAAUUAUACCUAACAAGUGAUGUUUAUUGGCCUUUCAUUUGUGAAGCUGACGUUUAUAUUGGUUUGAAAGCCUUUUAGUGACCAAUAAAAAUUAACAAGCAUUUAAGGUA